ACCAUGGGCUCCAUGUUCCGGAGCGAGGAGGUGGUGCUGACCCAGCUUUUCCUGCCCACGGCUGCCGCCUACACCUGCGUGAGCCAGCUUGGCGAGCUGGGCCUCGUGGAGUUCAGAGACCUCAAUGCGUCGGUGAGCGCCUUCCAGAGACGCUUCGUGGUGGACGUCCGGCGCUGUGAGGAGCUGGAGAAAACCUUCACCUUCCUGCAGGAGGAGGUGCGGAGGGCUGGGCUGGUGCUGCCCAUGCCCGAGGGGAGGCUGCCCGCGCCCCCACCCCGCGACCUGCUGCGCAUCCAGGAGGAGACGGACCGGCUGGCCCAGGAGCUGCGGGAAGUGCGGGCCAACCAGCAGGCCCUGCGGGCCCAGCUGCACCAGCUGCAGCUCCACGCGGCCGUGCUGAGCCAGGCCCACGGCCCCCCGGUCGAAGCUGCCCAGCCUGAUGGGCUGUCAGAGAGGGAACCCCUGCUCCAGGCCUCUGGGGGGCCACACCAGAACCUGAGGGUCAACUUCGUGGCUGGAGCCGUGGAGCCGGGCAAGGCCGCCGCCCUGGAGCGCCUGCUCUGGAGGGUCUGCCGGGGCUUCCUCAUCGCCAGCUUCCAGGAGACCGAGCAGCCGCUGGAGGACCCCGUGACGGGUGAGCCUACCACCUGGAUGACCUUCCUCAUCUCCUACUGGGGCGAGCAGAUUGGGCAUAAGAUCCGCAAGAUCACUGACUGCUUCCACUGCCACGUCUUCCCCUUCGAGGAGCAGAAGGAAGCCCGCCUCAGGGUCCUGCAGCAGCUGCAGCAGCAGAGCCAGGAGCUGCGGGAGGUGCUGGACGAGACAGAGCGGUUCCUGAGCCAGGUUCUGGGCCGGGUACAGCGGCUGCUGCCCCCCUGGCUAGUGCAGAUUCGCAAGAUGAAGGCCGUUUACCUGGCCCUCAACCAGUGCAGCGUGAGCACCACGCACAAGUGCCUCAUCGCUGAGGUGUGGUGCCCCACACACGACCUGCCCACGCUGCAGCGGGCCCUGCAGGACAGCUCGAGUGAAGCAGGCGUGAGUGCCGUGGUUCACCGCAUUCCCUGCAAGGACAUGCCCCCCACGCUCAUCCGCACCAACCGCUUCACGGCCAGCUUCCAGGGCAUUGUGGAUGCCUACGGCGUGGGCCGCUACCUGGAGGUCAACCCUGCGCCCUAUACCAUCAUCACCUUCCCCUUCCUCUUCGCUGUCAUGUUUGGCGACGUGGGUCACGGGCUCCUUAUGUUCCUCUUCGCACUGGCCAUGGUGCUCACUGAGGACCGUCCGUCCGUCAAGGCCGCUCAGAACGAGAUCUGGAAGACCUUCUUUGGGGGGCGUUACUUGCUGCUCCUCAUGGGCCUUUUCUCCAUCUACACCGGUUUCAUCUACAACGAGUGCUUCAGCCGUGCCACCACCAUCUUCCCCUCAGGCUGGAGUGUGGCUGCCAUGGCCAACCGGUCAGGCUGGAGUGAUGCGUUUCUGGCCCAGCACCCGAUGCUCACCCUGGACCCCAAUGUCACGGACGUCUUCCUGGGACCCUACCCAUUUGGCAUCGACCCUAUCUGGAGCCUGGCCAUCAACCACCUGAGCUUCCUCAACUCCUUCAAGAUGAAGAUGUCCGUCGUCCUGGGGGUCGUGCACAUGGCCUUCGGGGUGGUCCUUGGGGCCUUCAACCACGUGCACUUCGGCCAGCACCACCGCCUGCUGCUGGAGUUCCUGCCUCAGCUGACCUUCCUGCUGGGCCUCUUUGGCUACCUCGUCUUCAUGAUCGCCUACAAGUGGCUGCGUGUCACGGCGGCCAGCGCCGCCUCGGCCCCCAGCAUUCUCAUCCACUUCAUCAACAUGUUCCUCUUCUCCCGAAGUCCCACCAACCGGCCCCUCUACCCUGGGCAGCAAGUGGUGCAGUCCACACUGGUGGUCUUGGCCUUGGUCAUGGUGCCCAUCCUGUUGUUGGGGACGCCCCUCUACCUGCGCUGGCAGCACCACCGUCGUCACGUGCCCAAACGGCCUUCCGGCCCCCAGCCGGACCAGGCUGGCCUUCUGGACUCGCAGGACGGCCGCGUGUCCGUGAAUGGCUGGGGCACUGACGAGGAGAAGGGGGGGCACCCUGAAGACCAGGAGCAGGCUGAGUUCGUCUUCUCCGAGGUUUUCAUGCACCAGGCCAUCCACACCAUCGAGUUCUGCCUGGGCUGCAUCUCCAACACGGCCUCCUACCUGCGCCUCUGGGCCCUGAGCCUGGCCCAUGCCCAGCUGUCGGAGGUGCUGUGGGCCAUGGUGAUGCGUCUGGGUCUGCACAUGGGCAGUGAGGUGGGCGUGGCGGCAGCCAUGCUUGUUCCCUUCUUUGCGGCCUUCGCCGUGCUGACCGUGGCCAUCCUGCUGGUGAUGGAGGGGCUCUCGGCCUUCCUGCAUGCCCUGCGGCUGCACUGGGUGGAGUUCCAGAACAAGUUCUAUUCCGGCACCGGCUACAAGCUGAACCCCUUCACCUUUGCCAUGGACGAUGAGUAG